CAGAGGAUUAUUUCCCACGGGAAGUGGGAAGAUUAAAUUUCCCGGCGACUGUUCCCACGAUCGCCAAGUUCCCAAUCAUGGGAGAAGAAAAAGAACGGGAGCCACCACACAAGACCACCCCCGUCACCACUGGACCCAAAUCUCAUUCCUUUCCCCGCCGUCUGAUCGAUCUAGACACGGCGUGGUCCCUCCACAUCCACACGAUAUGCCAGGUAGUCCCCCGUUCCGUCCUCAAAGCCCUAGAAAUCUCCGGCGACGGCCGCUUCUGGUUUCCCAUCCCAGUCGCCCUCUUCUUCUCUCCUCUUGCCUCCAUGUCCCAUCACCUCCGCUCCAUCCUCAUCGGUCUCUUCCUCGGAUCUCUGCUCGACCUCGUCCUGGUUGGCCUCAUCAAGUAUCUUGUUCGUCGCCCUCGUCCAGUCUACAACAAGGGAAUGCAUUUGACGCUCUCCGUCGAUCACUGGUCUUUUCCCAGUGGCCAUUCCUCUAGGGUUUGCUUCAUCGCCUCCUUCUUGUAUUUCUCCUCGGCUUCCAUCGAAAAGGGAUUGAUUCAGCUUAGAUCUUCUGGCAACGAAUUCAUCAAUCAAUGGAUCGAUUCUGAAGAUCAAUGGAAGGCCGCACAAAGACAUCUUCAACAUAUAGGAUGAGGAGGAACACAAUCUUUUCAUACCCGACUGUGUUUAGGCAUAGACACAUUGCAAGCGGGUAGAGUUUUACUUUUUCCCAAAAUUAGUUGAACUAAAGAAGUUGUAAUUUCAAAAGGAAACUCUGGAGCUUUGUGUGACAUUUGAAAAUAACGCAAUAAUUAUGUUUUCAUGGAA